AUGACAGAAUCAAAAUUAUCGAAGUUAAAGGCCAGAUUUAUUAACAGAACCAGUCAUUGGGGGCUGACGGGUCAGAAACUGCGGUACUUCAUAACCAUCACGUCUAUGACAGGGUUUUCCCUGUUUGGAUACGACCAAGGGUUGAUGGCGAGUCUGAUUACUGGUAAACAGUUUAAUUAUGAAUUUCCGGCCACGAAAGAAAAUGGCGACCAUGACAGACACGCAACUGUUGUGCAGGGCGCUACUACUUCCUGUUAUGAAUUGGGCUGUUUUGCAGGCUCGUUAUUUGUUAUGUUCUACGGUGAAAAGAUUGGUAGGAAACCACUUAUCCUGAUGGGUUCUAUAGUCACUAUUGUCGGUGCAACUAUCUCUACAUGCGCGUUUCGUGAUUACUGGGCAUUGGGUCAGUUCAUUAUUGGCAGAGUUGUCACGGGCAUUGGUACGGGCUUGAAUACCUCUACCAUUCCUGUUUGGCAAUCCGAAAUGUCUAAGGCAGAAAAUAGAGGUUUGCUGGUUAAUUUGGAGGGUUCUACAAUUGCAUUUGGUACCAUGAUUGCUUACUGGAUUGAUUUUGGGUUUUCUUACACAAACUCUUCUGUUCAAUGGAGAUUCCCUGUAUCAAUGCAGAUUGUUUUCGCCCUCUUUCUCUUUGCUUUCAUGAUUAAUUUACCUGAAUCACCACGCUGGUUGAUUUCCCAAAGUCGAACUGAAGAAGCUCGCUACUUGGUAGGAACGCUAGAUGAUGCAGACCCAAAUGAUGAGGAGGUUGUGACAGAAGUUGCCAUGCUUCACGAUGCUGUUAACAGGACUAAACACGAGAAUCAUUCUUUAUCCAAUCUGUUCUCUAGAGGUAAAUCCCAAAACUUGCAGAGAGCUUUGAUCGCUGCUUCCACCCAAUUUUUCCAGCAAUUCACUGGUUGUAAUGCUGCUAUAUAUUAUUCUACUGUGUUAUUCAACAAGACCAUCAAGCUGGACUAUAGGCUAUCUAUGAUUAUAGGUGGGGUGUUCUCAACGAUCUAUGCCCUCUCUACUAUUGGAUCGUUUUUCUUGAUUGAAAAAUUAGGUAGACGUAAGCUGUUUUUAUUGGGUGCUACUGGCCAAGCUGUUUCAUUUACAAUCACAUUUGCAUGUUUGGUUAAGGAUAAUGAAGAGAAUGCAAAGGGUGCUGCUGUUGGUUUGUUCUUGUUCAUCACCUUUUUUGGUUUAUCUUUGUUAUCGUUACCAUGGAUAUAUCCGCCAGAAAUUGCGUCUAUGAAAGUUCGCGCAUCAACCAAUGCUUUUUCCACAUGUACAAAUUGGUUGUGUAACUUUGCAGUCGUCAUGUUUACCCCAAUAUUUAUCGAACAAUCAGGGUGGGGCUGUUAUUUAUUCUUUGCUGUCAUGAAUUAUCUGUACAUUCCAGUUAUCUUCUUUUUCUACCCUGAAACUGCUGGUAGAAGUUUGGAAGAAAUCGACAUCAUCUUUGCCAAGGCUUACGAGGAUGGCACUCAACCAUGGAGAGUUGCCAAUAACUUGCCCAAAUUAUCCUUGCAAGAAGUCGGUGAUCACGGUAAUGCCUUCGGUUCAUAUGACGAGGAAUCGGAAAAGGAUGAUUUUGCUGAAGACAGGGUAGAAGACACUGAUAACCAACUUAAUGGUGAUAGCUCUUCUAGUUUUUCAAACAUAAAAAAUGAAAACAACUCCUAA